UUUAUUUUUCCUUUUACUUUACAGGAUCGUCUUUCAAAGGAAUCCCAUUUUGAUAAAAAAUAUGAAGAAUUUGAUAACAAUGUAAGCGAUAGUAGUAAAAUCAAUAAAGUGUGCGAUUCGUUAAGUAUAACUAACACUAAGAUUACGAAAGAACUUUGUAAUAAAGUAGCCGAAAAUUUACAGUAUGUAUAUAACAUAAAGGAAGAGGGCAAAAAAAAAAGUACUUGUCUGCUAUACAAAUACUGGACAUAUGAUCAAAUGUGGAAAUUUCUUGGAAAUAAUAAGGAACAUAAUCAUGUAAAAAGUGUUAUAGCAGAUUUUGUGAAUAUACGGGAAAAAGUAAGUAAAAAMAAUAGUAACUAUAGUUGUCAAUAUUAUUUCCAUAGGAAUAAUUUCGAAGAUGUGCAAGAAAGCUUAGAAAAAAAAUUUUUGCAUGACUACUUUGAAAACUUUGAAUCCAUUCGGAGUAAUAUCCAUUCAAAGGAUAAAUACGACUUAUACAAUAAAUAUAUUACUUAUAUUAAAAGCUUAUAUGAUAAAUAUGCAGUAGAUUGCACUGAUAUUUUCGAUUUUAUGGAAUAUAAUUGUGAUGAAUAUUUUAAACUGGAGAGCAAGGAAUAUGAUCCAAAAGAUCUUCUAGAGAAGUUAAAAAGGUAUAAAGGACAAACAUUAGAUAGAAAUGGAGGACCACCAGCUGAUGAUAUGCCCGAAGAACUUAAGGCACUUUGGGGGAUGCGUAGUACUGGUGGAAGAACUGAAAAUUUGCCAAAGGGUCCUGAACUCCAACCUCCAAAAGGUGCAGGUGCCAUAGAUCAAGGAUCUAAGGGUCCGGCAGAACCUGCACGUCCUGAUGAAUCCGUAAAGAAACCUGAGGGCGCUGAGAGCCCAGCGGCACAAAAGGGAUCUCGCUCACCUUUAGGCCCAUUUAGAUUUUUGGGCUUAUUCCCUGGUGGAUCUGGAAAAGCAAAGCCAGUAAUCACUAAAGGGCCAAAAGU